AUGGCCAAAAAAACCAAAAAUAACUCGAAAAACUCGACUCCAGUGAAUGACACUCCAGCUUCAUCUGGCAAAAAGAAGACAAAGGGAAAAAAGGGACAAGAAUCAGAUCCACAGGAUGAUAAAAAGGCCAAACAACAACUUAACAGAGCAAAGGUAACAUCAACAGCGAGCUGGACUGGUAAACUGCCUCAUACUAUCUUGCACGAAACUUGUCAGAAGCGGAAAUGGGAUAAGGUAGAGUAUGACAUGAAGAAAAUUGGUGAUAAGGGUUUUAUUGCCAUUGCAGUUUUGUCAUUUACUGAUCCUAAGACAAAAGAAACCUUGACUGCAAGAAUGAAUGACCCAACCUAUGAUAAGGCUUCAGGAAAAGGCCUUGUUACUCCUCAAGAAACCCCAAUUGAAGCGAGACAUAUGGCUUCCACUAUCGCCCUAUAUCGUAUCGCCUAUAACACCAAUCUACAUAUGAUGCUUCCACCAAACCAUAAAAAGACAUGGUAUGCCCUUGAUGACUUUCGUAAAAAAAACUUGAAAACAGGAGAAAAGCGUAUGAAUAAACUUUUUGAUUUUGAUCCCUUCAAGACAAUGGUGGAGGAUAGAAAGCUUAAAUUCCAGCGUGAAAAGGAACAAUUGGCACAGAAUAACCAAGCACAGAAAGAACAAGUCGAACGUACCAUCUUGUCUGGUCAUGGUGAACUUUCUUUUUCCAAAAAGAAUUCGAAAGAGGGAAAAUUAUCGUUCCAUAAAAACUCACCCAAACCUUCAUUAGUACGGUUUCCAAAAAAGGUUUGGGAAAACACAACAUUUAUUGAUCUUGAUGAAUCUUCUAGGCAAUUGAUAGAAAUCUCACUGAAAGAUAAAAUUGAUUGGCAAAAUAAAAAAUUCACACACGCUAAUGAGGCAAUCACUGAGGAUCGAGAUCAACUUAAGACAAAACUACUAGCUUUACAGUUUAGACCCAAACAUGUAGAGGAAGCUAUGUCCUAUAAAGAUCCAUUAUCUUUCCUAUUGUUUAAUUUGCCUGAGGAUGAUUUGCCACCAUUUUUUCAUAAAAAGAAAGGCGAUACUAAAAACAAAGUGGAAAUAUCAAACUUACCAUUAUCUACGAGAAUGAUUGUAGAGCGCUUAACAGAAAUUGGUGUCUCUUCAGAUGAGGCUUUGUUGGCUUUACAACAGAAUGAUAUGAAUGAAAAUGAAGCAGUCGGGUUCUUGACGAGGGAAAGCUUGCCAACUCUAAGUAGCAGCUCAGAUGAAACUGUAUCUGAAACCGAAUCUAUAGAAUGUUGGAAUCAAGAGCUAGAGAGCCUAGAAAGUAUUUAUGAGGGCUGUGUCACAGAGACCAAAGAAAACUCUCACUAUACGCUCAACUUAAUCGAAGAACUCAAGAUAAAAUUGAAAGUUUAUAGAACUAAAAACUAUCCUGCAUCUUUGCCUGGCAUCAUAGUAUCAACAUUUGAUAAAAAAUGUAAACUACCUGACUAUAUUAAAAAACAAACAUUAACUAAACUAUUACACUAUCUCCAAGAAAGUAACCUAAUAGGUGACAUGUUAGUAUAUCACAUUUAUGAAUGGCUAAAAGACAACAUUUCUUCAAUAAUUGAUAAUCCCGGCCCAUUAAUUUCGGGAUUAGAUUCAAAAGGUGCAAUGAAUAAGAGAAAUGUAUCAAACGGCAAGGGAAGCACAAACAACUCUAGCUCAAAAAAAUAUUCUAGGAACAUAAUUUCUGAAGAUAAACUUUGCGCUUUAAAGGAAGAAUACAUCAAAAGGGUUGAAAGCCAGGAAUACAAAAACAUGCAGUUAGUCAGAAAACAAUUGCCAGCUUGGAAGAAACAAAAAGUUAUUGUUGAUAUCAUCAAUAACAAUGAAGUUGUGUUGGUUACUGGUGAAACAGGUUCGGGUAAAUCCACUCAGGUUGUUCAGUUUAUUUUAGAUUUUCUACAAAGGGAGAAAGAAGAUUUCGGCAAGACUAAAAUCAUAUGUACACAACCUAGAAGAAUCUCCGCUAUUGGGCUUGCUGAACGUGUUGCAGACGAACGUUGUGUUACCUGUGGUGAUGAGGUAGGUUAUGUAAUAAGAGGCGUUAAUAAGACUAAGGCAUUCACACGGAUUAAGUUCAUGACCACAGGUGUUCUUGUUAGACUGCUACAAAAUGCCAGAUCUAUGUUGGAAAAUACAAUUGUUGUUCUUGAUGAAGUCCAUGAACGUUCCAUUGACACAGACUUGAUAGUGACAUUAAUGAAAACACUCUUACAUAAGGUUCGCGGCAUGAAAAUUGUUUUAAUGAGUGCCACUGUCAACGUUGACUUAUUCCGCAAAUUCUUUCCGGGAUUAGCAACAUGUCAUAUAGAAGGGCGUACCUUUCCCAUCACAGAUUAUUUCCUAGAGGAUAUUCUGGAUGUCUUGGACUUUAAAAUCAAAAGGGAAAAGGCGUUAGUAUAUGAUGAUAAUAAUGCCGAUGAGAGGUGCAAUGACGACCAGUACCUAAAACCAAGGGCUGAUUCUAAAUUUUUCACAUCCGGGCAAAUUAAUUAUGAGCUGCUUUGCCAAGUCGUCCAGCAUGUAGAUAAACGCUUGAAAGAUACCGACAACAACGGAUCUAUCAUCGUUUUCCUACCGGGUGUGGGUGAAAUUAAUAAGUGCUGCAGUUUGCUAACCAAUAAGACCAAUGAAGGAGAUUUUAUAAUCUUACCUCUGCAUUCAGCUCUAACACCUGAAGACCAAAAAAGGGUAUUUAAGAAAUACUAUAAGAAGAGAAAAGUUGUUGUAUCUACGAAUAUUGCCGAGACCUCUAUUACUAUAGAUGAUUGUGUCGCUACUAUUGAUACAGGUCGUGCUAAGUCGAUGUUUUAUAAUCCAACAGAUAAUACCACAAAGCUAAUUGAGUCGUUCAUUUCAAAAGCUGAAGUUAAGCAACGUAGAGGUCGUGCAGGUAGAGUGCGUGAAGGUUUAUCUUACAAGCUAUUUUCCAAGAACCUAUACGAAAACAAUAUGAUACCAAUGCCAAUUCCAGAAAUAAAAAGGAUCUCAUUAGAAUCCCUUUAUUUAUCUGUUAAAGCUAUGGGCAUAAAGGACGUUAAAGUCUUUUUAAGUACAGCUCUAGAUGCCCCUCCUUUGCCAGCUUUACAGAAGGCAGAAAGGAUUUUAACAACAAUAGGGCUGGUAGAUGAAUUUGAUAAUUCACUCACCCAACUAGGUCAAUUCAUUAGUUUGAUGCCAGUUAUGGACAGUAAACAUGGUAAAUUGUUAAUCUAUGGUAUUUUAUUUGGAUGCACCGAUAUUUGUGUUUUACUUGUAUCGAUACUCGGUAUUGGUACUUUGCCUUUUAUUGGAGGUUUCGAAAAUAGGGACAAAAUAAAGAAAGUUCUGUCGAAGUAUGAAAGCCGUGGAGAUUUGUUUGCAGUAUUGGAAGUUGUCAGAGAUUACUUAAACAUCAAAGAUCCAACCAUCAAAAGAAAGCAUUUAAGGGACAAUUUUCUUUCCUACAACAAAAUGAAUGAAAUUAAAUCGUCAAUAGCUCAAUAUUAUUCUAUUUUAAAAGAUGUAGGUUUUCUACCAAUGAAUUAUAAAGUUGGAGACACCUCUAAUUUGAACAGGAAUGAGCGAAAUGUUGAUAUUCUAAGAGCAAUCCUAACGGGUGCGUUUUAUCCACAUGUGGCCAGGGUGCAGUUACCAGAUGUAAAAUAUUUAUCGACAAGUUCUGGGGCUAUUGAAAAAGAUCCUGAAGCCAAAAUGAUCAAAUACUGGAUUAGAAGUGAAGAGUAUCAAGACAAAUUAGAAGAGUUAAAGACAAAGGAUGUGCAGGGAACACAUAAGGUUGAUUUGGAAGCUUUACCGUUACCUGCUACCAGGGCAUUCAUUCAUCCUAGUUCUGUUUUGUUUUCUACUAAUUCAGUAAAUUUAGAAGAUGCUAAAUUACUUUCUGAGGUUGAAGAUCCAAUUUCCUGUCAAUCCAAGAUACCAACUGUCGUAAAAUAUCCAUUUGUUUUAUUUACUACAUCUCAAGUCACUAAUAAGCUGUACUUGAGAGAUUUAACACCAACUACCACACUAUCGUUACUACUAUUCGGUGGGGCAAUCUCUUAUGAUAUUGGAGGUACUAUUCAUUCACCGGGGAUCAUUGUCGAUAAUUGGCUCCCAAUUAGAACAUGGUGUAAAAAUGGUGUAUUGAUUAAGGAAUUAAGGACACAGCUUGAUGAUGCCAUAAAAAAAAAGCUAGAAAACCCCGAUUAUGCUAAAAAAUCUCAAUUGGAUAAUUGUGACGCUGACCAAACACUGAAAAUUGUUGAAAAAAUCAUAAGUGCCGAACAAUGA